AAAAGAACAACCGACAAUAGUAAAGGAAGCUAUUCCAAACAAAGCAAUGCAAGAAAUUGAACAAUCGACCAUAUCAAUGAAAGUUACUCCAGACGAAAUAAAGCAAGAAAAAGAACAACCGACAAUAGUAAAGGAAACUAUUCCAAACAAAGCAAUGCAAGAAAUUGAACAAUCGACCAUAUCAAUGAAAGUUACUCCAGACGAAAUAAAGCAAGAAAAAGAACAACAAACAACGUUAGGAAAGAUAAUUACUUUUGUUGAAACAAGGCAAGAAAAGAAAAUGCCGAGAACAGUGUUGAAAACUAUACCGGAUGAAGCAAAGCAUGAAAAGGUAGAUCAAGCAACAACAGAGAUUAAAGAGACUCUAGAGGAGACAUUUUCAGAAACAGAAAGAACACAUAAUCCAGAAAACAAAUAUUUCAUAAGGGAUCCUGGAAAUCAUGAAUUAUCAAGAAAAGGGAAAAAAAGAACUGUCAACUUUAGAUAAUCAGAUUAAUGUAGUAGAAGCAAUACUGCAUAAGGACGAAUUGUCAGUAACUGCUAAAAGUUCUAUUUUACUGGGCUCAAAAUCAAAAGAGAAUGAAAUCGCUGUGGUGAAAAGAAAACUAGAAAAAGACGAAGAGCCACAAAAGAUAGAUACUUCUAUUGAAACCAAAUUAGGAAAAUUUGAUUUAGAUGUUACAGAAACUAAAGAUGUUUCAGUGGAAAUCGAUCCACAAAAUGUUGAUAUACCUAUCAAAGUGAUUGGAGGUGUUUGUGACAAAGCAACAUCCGAAAAAGGUGAAUUACUCACAGCGCAGAAAAAUAAUAUUUUUGAAAAUGUUAAAACAGAAAAAUGUAAACCAACAAAAUCAGAAAUUAAAGUGUUUGAAACUGAGAAAAUACCAGAGAAAAAUGUGGUGAUAGCAAAAGAAGAAGUUAUUCAAUUGGAUACGAAACUUGUUACUGGCGUGGAACAAAAAAAUAAAAAACAAGCUGCAACAGGAUUCCAAUUUAUAAGCAAUUCUGAUAUAGCUUAUAAGCUAUCAGAUACUAAAAUUGCUCCAUAUAAAAAACUGCCAUGUUCUUCCAAGUUAGCAGAAAUGCUAGAAAGAGAAUAUAUGCAUUCAAUUGAAGGAACUGAGCAUAAUAUGAUUUGUGUUACCAACUCAUCUGAAGAAAAAAAUGAAAUUAAUGGAGUUCGUGACACAGAAGAAGUUGUAGAAUUAGAUGAAAUUACAGAAAGAGAGAAACUAGUAACAACCGCUAGUAUGAAUACUACUGAUGAAAGUAAUCCAUCUCAAUCUCAAAUUACAAAAUACGAGAUUGUUACUUCGAAAGCUAACGGUAUCCUUAUCACAGAAGAGGAGGACUUUAAACCAAAUGUAAUUGAUAAAUGCACAAGUCCUCUAACGAAGAGGAAACACGAAGAGACAAAAAACGUUCAUGAAGCUUACAGAACAGAAAAAAAUGAGAUCGAAAAUGGUAGAAUUUUACAGACACAUUUUGAUGGCAAGAUAAAAGGACAUGGUGAAGGAAUUUCACAAACAGUAGUGCCAAGAAAUACUCGGCCCUUUGUUUCAGGUUCUCAAGUAUCAGAUACUACUGUUUUGCCUUUAACUUCUGCCACUUUACAAAAAGGCACUCCGCUAAUAGUUAAAGACACAUUGUUAAAAGAUAUUACACACUACAACGUGGCUGUAAAAGAAACCGUUACCAAUGAGGAUGAUUCAACAAGAGACAUAUUUGCUAGAACAACUAUUUUUGAUGAUAGUAAAAUUACACCUACAAUAGAAUUUUCUACACAACUUGCAGACAGUGAAGAUUUUAAAAAAGAACUUAUCGAAGCCAUUGAAACAAUAACAAAAACUACUGACAUUGGAAACGUUAAAAAUGAAAGAGUAACACAAAAGAAAGGUAAAGAUGAAAUACCGACAACAAUGUUUCGAAGAUAUCAAGAAAUAGAACAAGUGGUAAGUCCAGAAAAAGUUAAAGAAUUCCCAAAAUUGAAAGAAGAAUCGAAGGAAGAAUUCCAUUCUAAAUCAUGCCAAAAAAUAUAUAUUCCAUUAGAAUCCGAGUUAAGGAGAAGCAUACCCUCAAAUGAUCAGAAUGUCAAAAGAUCUCAAAAAACUAAAACACAACACUCUAGGAACGAUGAGGCUUCUCAAACUGUAAAAAAUGUUGAAGACAAAAAUCAUUCUAAAAUUAUUUUUCAUUCUGAAUUAACAAUUCCUCAAGAAAAACAAGUAAACUGCGGGCAAAACAUUACUGGUAAAGAGGAAAAAGGAACAAAAGAAAAUGAUUAUAGAGCAACAUACACUGGCAGAGAAAAUGCAAAUAAUGCAGAUCAAAUAGCCGCUAUCAAAAUCGAGGAAAAAUAUUCUCUAACAAGGCAAGUUUUGUCGUUGGAAAAUAACUUGCCUGAGGAAGAAAAAGAAGCAGACGAGUGCAAUAAAAAUAAUGAAGAUCAAUCUGUUUCUACAACUAGUGCAAAAGGAAAAACUGGUAAACUUAUGAAGCCUAAACACGAAGAAGAAAUAAUACUUGAAAAUAUUCAAAGAAAAGACAAAGAAGCGAAAUUCGUGAAAACAUUAGAAUUAAAAAGUUACUUAAGCCACUUUGAAGAGUUAAAAACGAAUAUUAGCGAACCAGAUAUUUCACAACCUAACUUGAUAAAAGAUAAUAAGGCAGAACUACAGGAUAAAACACAUCUUUAUGAAGAAGAGGGGAAAAUAGAAAUUAUAAUGACUAAUGAACAUAGAGUAGGUGAGUCGACUACUUCGUUAUCAAAAGAAGAAAUUAUAGAAAAUAAACUGGAAACUGUGAAGCCUGUGAAAGAAGAAAUAGUACUCGCAGGCCCUAUAGUAGAAGAUGAAAAGAAUACAUUUGAUAAAGAACAUCCAAUCACAGAAGAGAGCGAGGGUUUGGAAAAAGAAACUAAAAGCAAAAAUGGGGAAUAUCGACUCAAACUAGAAGAAAAUCAACCCUCAAACGUUACAGAUCUUAACAAUGCGAUCCCUUCUAGAGUUUACAAUAUAGAAUAUAAGAUCUCCAAAGGACAUUUGGUAGCUCUUAAAGAAGAUAAAACUCUUCAGAAAGAACUUAUUGCUGAACCAACUCCAUUUAAUGUACUACAGUUAGUUCCUGACACAGGCGUAGAAAAAGAAGCUACAGAAGCACAUUUAAAAGAAAAAUCAUCCCUACUAUUAUUAACGGAAGAUGUAUAUAUCUCGAUAAAACCACUGGAAAUGGAAACGGUGCUCACAAACAUUGAAACAAUGAAUAAACAACCCGAGCAAUCAAGAGAAAGAACUAAUAAACUUAGAAAUAGAAGAGAAGACAAACUUAAAUCAGUAGCUUAUAGGGAAGGUGUUCCCCAGUUGGUCAUAGACGAGACAAAGUCAGGACAAAGGAAUGAAAUUGUAUCCGAACUAGAAUCAGAAAUGACAAUACCAAAACUGAACGAAGAAGAAGAAAUGCGGAUGGAAGAAAUCAUACAAAACACGACUGGUACAGCCAAAGAGGUUUCCUUUAACAGAACACUGUCAGUUUCAUCGACUAAGGGGAGUAGAUUUAAAGAGCAAUCGAAAGACAUCUUUAAAACACCCACAAAAUCAAGGCCUUCUAGAACUCCACCGAAGACGUUUUACAAAAAAGAUGUCCCAACUCCACUUCCAGCUCCAUCAGUAAACACAUCGACGUCGCCAAUCAAGAUACCAAAUCAUUCACCAGAGAGGAUGCCUAUAAAAAACGGCAUUCUUUCUCCAAAUAAGGUUCCGGCUCGGUUGCCCCCUAUUAAGGCUCCGGUUGGUCAAACGCCUAAGCCUAAUCUGAAGAAUGUGAAAUCUAAAAUCGAUUCUUUUACUAAUAUUAAAUACAAGCCUACUGGAGGAGAGAAAAAGCAACUACUUACAAAGAAGUUGGACUGGAUUGCUGCUCCGAAGGUGGGAUCACUGGAGAACUCAACAUAUAAACCUGGUGGUGGAACAAAAAAGAUAACGUAUCAAAAAUUAGAGUGGAAAGUAGAACCAAAAGUAGGAACUAAAAAUAUUGGUUACACUCCAGGAGGUGGACAAGUUAAACAUGAUGACCGUGAAAAGCCUGCGUCAGUAAUUGAAUCUCGAAAGUUAGAGUGGAAACAGGCUUCUUCCAAAGUUGGUUCAAUGGACAAUGUGAAGCAUAAACCAGGAGGAGGUCAAGCGAAAAUCAAAUCACAUAAACUGAAUUUCAAGGAUAAGGUUCUACCUAAAGUAGGCUCACUCUCAUCGUCUGAGAAAACCAGUAGUCAAGGCUCAGAAACUAAGAGCCCUGUUCCUUCCUCUUCUCCUCAACCGGAUGAGCAGCCACCACUGCCACCAGUAGAUGAACCUCAGGGUGAUGAACAACCAGAAGAAAUCACAGAAGCAGGUGAACAAGAAGCUGAUGUUACAGAACAAGAACCAGAAACCACAGAAGGUCCUGAACCAGAAGCUGAAGAAGCAGCACCAGAACCAGAAACCGCAGAAGGUCCUGAAGCUGAAGAAGCAGCACCAGAACCAGAAGAAAGCAAAGAACCUGCACCUGAAGAAGCAACGGAAGAGCCUACAGUUGAACAAAAAGAAGAAGAGGAAGCUACUGAAGAAGCACAAACUGAAAUCACAGAGGAAAGUGCACCAGAAGCGACAGAGGAAGCCCCACCAGAAACGGAAGAAGAAGCUGCACCGGAAACGGAAGAAGAAGCUGCCCCGGAAACGACAGAAGAAGCUGCAUCCGAAGCAGUAGAGGAAACUGCACCAGAAGCAACAGAGGAAACUGCACCAGAUGCAACAGAAGAAGCUGCGCCAGAAGCAACGGAGGAAGCUGCACCAGAAAGCAUACGGAAAGCUGCACCAGAUACAACAGAGAGUGACGCAUUCCUGGAAAAUAAGUGAAACUAAAGAUAGUUAUACUACUGAUAAAAUCCUUGCAGGGUGCAAUGUUCAUUGUAUGGUGUAAAAAUAAUGUGUUUGUAAACUACUGUUAAGAGAGUGAGACAAUAACUCUUGCAAAUUCACUUCUACUUCAUGUGUCUGUCUAUGGACGAAUUCGUAUUAUUUUGCUUUCAGGGUUACGGAGUUUGAAAUUUCGGCGUAAAAAUGUAAAUGUCGCUUUUUUAUAUUUACAUAUAGAGUUUUCUUAACCUUGUCCUGGGCAAGUAAUAAAUAUCUGUUACUUUAAGAAAGAUAUAACAUUAUCAUUGGUUGUAAAGUUGUCUUUCCUGUUUCAUCUACUAAUAUGGAAAAAUAAAUUGAUGAACACAAAUAUCCACGAAUUUUCAUAAAUGGUAGUUUGUUUUUAAGACUGCUUCCAACUUAUGAAAACAUGUCGCAUCGUUAUCUUAAACAGAAUAAGUUUUCUUUGCAAUAUGAAUAACGUAAAAUAGUUUGUUUAUAAUUUAAAAAGCAAUCGAAAUACUUAGAAAAAAACAUGGCUGGAUAGUAACCAUAAUUACCAAAUACAUAUGCUGUGUUUAGCCUUAAUGUUAUUCAUAUUCGAUUGUCCGAUAUGAUAUAGUAUCGUUAGGAAAUCAACUAUUUCGAAAUGGGUUCACCGUAUUUUGCAUCUAGUUACACCGUGCACCAAAUCUAAUUCUUAUAGUAUGUAAGGCAGUAUCUUCAACUGCUGUUGAGAAGGCUUUAGCUCGUGUAAAAGCUUAAAUAGACCUGUUGUACUUGUUGUGUUGUAUGUUUUGAAAAACUUGAAAGUUCGCCUAUAGUUUAUUUGGGAAAUAUGUGCCUGUGUUUGUGUAUGUAAUUUUUUAAAGCAUGUAAAUGUGUCAUAGGAGCUUUGCGUCAGAAAUGGUAAGAAACUAUUUUCUAUGCCCAAAAUAAUAUUUUCCCCUGUUUAACGUUUAGUGUCCUGCAUGAUAUAUAAGACAAUAAAUGUAGCACAGUUAUUUGUUGCUUUUGAAGACUAUAUACUUACUAGUGAUUAUGUCUGCAGUCUAGAACCCCAAAGAAGAAAUCAAAAACAAGCAUAUAAAAUUAAGACACAUAUUUUAAUUAUUUAAUGUUUUCAAAACAAUUAUAAAGGUAAUGCCAUUACAAAUCCGCUACCUGUUACAUUUAUCAGGUUCGCAGACAUACUCGUGUAAGUGUGAUGAUCCUCAAAAUGAAAAAUGUAGUUUCGUCAGUUAUUAAUUGUUGUUGUUUUCGAUUACCGUAAGUGCCGAAUGCUGGAAUACUUGUUAAGAGUUUAAUUUCUAAAAAAUGUCUAUUUUUUCUCUUAGUCUAUGUUGGAGCUUAAUACUCCAGCUAUAAACUACAAUGAAGUCAUAUCUUUUGUAGAUUUAGCUUCAUUGAGGAAGUUAUACAAUCGUGCCUGGAUGUAAUGGCUUUAGAAUGCGAUGUUAAAACUGUACAGUUAUUUUUAAAUUGUCAAGCUAAUGGUAAGUGCAUUCGCAAAGCAAAUGAAAAACUUCUUGUUUUAGCACAUCCUGUUUCUCCAAGGUUUGAGAAUACUGGCGUUUGUGCUACAAACACCACUUGUCUUAUUGGUAUGAACAGCAUCUAUCAGAAAAAGUAACGGAAUUAAAAAACUGGUUUAAUAAAACUUUUUUGAUCGUUAAUGAAUAUAUAAUGUUUGGACAACUUCUGGAAAAGACAAGAUAUAUUUUAACAUCUAUAUAAGGGUCAUUUUGAGAAGAAAAAACAUUCAGAUUAAAGCUGAACGUCCUUUUUCUACUCUUGCUGGUUACCUGGUGAUAAUUUUUUAAGAAGUUUGAGUUUAGUUUUUACAAGCGCAGAAGCUUUUCUGACAAUGGAAUAUUACUUGACGUGGAAUAAGCUUGCCUCGUGCGCUGGCUACACUACGUAACUGUGUGAUAGUAUCAAAGAGAAUUAGGAUGAUCCAACGUUUAGUGAUAGGUUGUUAUGAUUUGGUUUACAGCAUCAAAACAAGUCAGAUAUUAAGCAUAGGCACUGUUAUGAGUUUAAAAUGUUGUAUAUUAGCAAAAUAACGAAGGUGACUACCAACUUGCAAGGUUUAAACUUCACAGAAUAUCGCAUUUCUGGGGAUCUUCACAAUAGUUAAGGAAGAUUUCGACAUUUAAUGAACUUGGAUCAUUCAGUGCUCUGAACUUAAAAAUACUUCAACUAGAAUAUCAUUGUAAAAGUUUCAUUAAUGAUAUUAAUCUGCUUGUUUCUUGAUAUAAAUGUGCUGAGUUAUCAAUGGCAAAAAUAAUAAGAUUUUCAUAACUUGUUUUCCUCUGUUUCUUAAUAGGAAAGCCGAGUAUCUAUAAUAACAUAUUUCAGGUUUGAUGGAUAGGAAGAAACCCUACGUCAAAUUUCUAAAAGUAAUGUUAUCCCAGAACAAAUAAUUUUACGUCUGCAAAUGAAAAGUCCGUGUGACAAUUACGUCAAUCUUAAUUUUGAUCGAAGGUCAUGUAACCAUUUAAAGAAGUCAAUAAACGAACGGAAAUUUGUUUUCAUUAGAAUAUGUGCAGUUGGGACUAAAGAGUGAAAAUAUCUAUUUUUAUUUUAUAUUUUUGUCAAGAAAACGAACACAUAAAGUGUUUGAGUUAUAAUAUAUUCUUAACGACGGAAAUUAUCUUAUGUUAUUAUUUGCCGUAUAUAUUUAUAUUUGUAUUUUUAGACUAAUUUAUUUUAUUUGUGAAGAAUUUAAUAAUUUUCUAUUCACAUAAGAUCUAGCAGAAUUUGUCCUCAAUUGGUUAAAGCUAUGAGAAAGAGAUUUUUAUUUUCUGAAUUUAUUAUAUCGAAAUGAUUAUUGAAUUCAUAACACUUUGUGGUUAUAUAUCGCUACAAUGAGAAGAAUGUGUAGGUGAUUGCAUCCAUAUGAGAAAGUAAUAAGUGUAUAGUCUUUCAACACUUAGAAUUGUCUGUCCAAUAAUAACCACCUUGAGAACCGGAUGCAAAUUACAAAAGACUUGUUUGCUUGGCAUCGUUUGUUUCUAAUUGUGUACUGGGUUCUUUGAGUUAAGACACGUAUCUGUAUUUUUAUAACCUUCCAAUAAACUUGCAGUGUGAAA